AUGAGCGAACCGUCGUUCGAAGCGGCCGUGCGCACGUUGGAGGACAUGUUCCCAGAUUUAGAUCCGAUCGUGGUCCGUUCAGUUCUGGACGCCAAAGACGGGGACAUGAACGAAACGACGACGAAAUUAUUAGCGAUGAGUCGAAGCAAACGAGGCGGAGCGGAACCGUCGAGAGGAGGAGGAGGAAACGGGUACGGGGACGCGCCGAGGAGCGAAAGCAUGGGAGGAGGAGGACUAGGAGGAGGGAUAGACGUAGGAGGUGGGGAGGAGAUUAAUCCGUACUCGAGAGAUGCCAGGCACAGCAGCGUAUACAACAGCCAACCACCUCCGGACGACGACGACAACUUUUGGGGAUGGCUCACCGGGGAAGAGAACGGGCGAAGGGUCCCGGCGUCGAGCGCGAAUUACGCCACCGGAAUCACCGAGGACGACGACACGUUCAAUUGGUUGGCGAACCAGGCGAAUUAUUACGCCGGGGAGUUAUCGAGAAACGUGAAAUCUAUGACCGAUGCGAUCGCGGAGGAGUUAUUGGGACCAGCCGAGGACGAGGAAGGGGAUGAAAUUGAAGAGGAGGACGAUUCGGUGAGAGGGGACGGGCACGUCGUGGCCGGCGGGGCGACGUUGAACGCGAGUAGAAGAGGGAAGGUGAAGGAAGAGAAACCGAAAAUGAAACCGAAGAAGAAGAAAACGCCGCGAGAGUUGGAAGAAGAGGACGAUCCUUUGGGAGGGUUUUUGGAGUUGCUGGGUUUAGAGGACGAGGAGGACGAGGAGUACGUGCGCAGAGACUCGAAAAAGGACAAGUAG